UGUUCACCAUCCAGUCCGGCGCAGUGUUUGCAAACACCUUGAACGUCAGAGAGAGACGAAGGGGGGGAAAACCGACGGACGAUCGGCUGCUACACUGCUGCUGAAAACAAGCGCCUCUUCGUUUGCAUCGCAGGGGACCGCUGUUAUUCCUUCUACUGGGUCUAAUUUUUUUUCUCCUUCUACCUGAAAAACACAUUUAACUGCAGCUAUAUUGCAUUGUUUUUUUUUUGUUUUAACUAAGCUCUGGAAAAAAAAAAUAUGGAUGUUCUACCCAUGUGCAGCAUCUUUCAGGAACUUCAAAUAGUUCACGACACGGGCUAUUUCUCAGCCUUACCGUCACUGGAGGAGUACUGGCAGCAGACAUGCUUGGAGUUGGAGCGCUAUCUGCAGAGCGAGCCCUACGUCUCCACGUCCGAACUCAAGUUCGACAGCCAGGGGGACCUCUGGAGCAAGUUGAUCUUGGCCUGCGGGGACAAGGACAAGGCCAAGGCCGACCCCAAGCUGCCCGCGGCCCACGAGGAGGACAAUCAGGACAGCCAAAUCUUGGACACCAACAGCGUGAAUUCGGAUGCCAGCAGCGAAGCGUCGGACAGUUCUGAGGAGCUCUCGCCCACGCACAGCUUUACCUCCAACCCCCUGGGCUCCGUCCUGGUCGGCUCUGGACCUUUUAGCCCCUCCGUCAUAAGCACACCCCCAUCCUCUCCGGAGGCCACCUCGGAGGCCGGCGGCGUGACCGGCGGCUGGGUCGCCGCCGAGUUGCACUUGCCGGUCAAAAUCCGGAGCGGCGGGGCAGCGAAGGGCGCGGAAAAGACGGGACUCAUGUGCGGGGAAGCGUCCCCGGACGGCAGGAGGCGGGUACACAGGUGUCAGUUCAACGGGUGUCGCAAGGUUUACACGAAGAGCUCCCACCUAAAAGCACACCAGCGCACUCAUACGGGUGAGAAACCGUACAGGUGUUCGUGGGAGGGCUGCGUGUGGCGGUUUGCACGAAGCGACGAGUUGACCAGACACUUCAGAAAGCACACCGGGGCUAAGCCAUUCAAAUGCAGUCACUGUGACAGAUGUUUCUCCAGGUCUGACCAUCUUGCCCUUCACAUGAAGAGGCACGUCUAGAGCGGGUCGAGCUCCAACCAACAGCGACGGGGGUGAAAAGUUGUUGUAAAAAGGAGAGAGAAAGAGAGCGAGAGAGAGAGAGGGAGGAAAAAAACAAAAAAAACGCCGUCUCCCGACCAGUCUCUUGGUUGAACUGUCCCAGGGCAGAGUGGCGGGGAGUGUGUUCCAGCCAAAGCAUGCCGUUUUGCACCAUACUGAAACCCAGUGCCUCCGGGACCUGUCUUUGGAGAAAGGGCGCUCUGAAGGUUGUCUGUUGCGACUUAAAAACAAAAAAGGACAAAAUCACGGACGACGGGGGGUGGGGGGGGGGAAGAAACCUUUUUGCUUGAGAAGGACGUACAACUCAGACACAUAAAAAAACAAAAAAAAGACAAAAAAAAACCAAACAAAGAGUGAGAAUGAUUUGUAUGUAUGGUGCAUGAUGUUUUGGGGGGAGGGGGGUGGGGACAUUCCCGGACAGCAGAUACACUGGUACUUUACAAAAACUGUCUGAGGUAAGCAUGUGUGCACUGUGAAUGUCUGAGAUUGGCUGACCGGCCCCCCCCCCCCCCCCCCCCACUCCCUUGGGAGGACAGGAGGCGAGAUGGGGUUGAUGGAUGGAUGGAUGGAUGGAUGGACGGUGCGGGGCUGGUACCAAUGUUGCUGUGGACUGAAUGGGUUUCUGGGGGGAAACAUUCCAUUGGUGUUUCCCCGGUGGCAGCGUGAGGACGGGGCAGGGUGGAGGUUCCUGCCUGUCUUGUCUGGCACCCAGACUGUAUGGGGGGGGGGUUUGGGGCGGAGAGGGGGGUUCUCUGGAGCUUUUUGAGGCCUUGGGUUUGACCCGAGAGAAGGUGGACCUGUCCCCCUUCUGGUCAGUGACCCAGAGACCACAAGCCCCCUCCUCCUUGGUCACUGUAUGACAGAAGCUUUUUUUUGGUGUUUUUUGGUGCAGCUACUAAAUGUGCAAUGUGUUAUGUAGCCUGGUUUCUUUUUUUUACAAGCUACGAAGCUCAUUUGUAGUCCAAUUGUAUAAGCUGUGUGCUUAGAGGUAUAACACAACUAUACUAUAACGUCAGUAUCAUAGACAGGUGUUGCAUGGUUCUAGGGUUUGUUCAUUUCAUGUUUCCACUGUAAUCAGGACUGCAAAUAGUUUCAAGAAAAGUGCAGCUAAAGUGCGGACGGUUAAAUGUUACAAUAUAUUGUACAUAAAGCCUUGAUGAUUUCCUCUUCUCUUUUUUUUCUUCACAACCUCACCCGUUUCAUUCAGUUCUUUUCAUCUGGCUGGAGAUUUCACCCACUGCUUCCUCAUUUUCUCACUCAUCCUAUGCCUUGAGGAGUAACUUUGAUUUUUUUUUUUUUGUACUUUCUUUUCUAUCUAAUAAUGCACUGUUGACCUUAAUGGUGCCUUAUGCAAGUGACUCAACCCUGUUGCAGCAGUGGGUUGUUUUUUCCCUCCCAGGGGAAGUCACAUUUGUCGUAUGGGUGAUUUGAAAAGCUUGAUCAAGGCUCAGUUCCACGUUAAGUCGCACCUCUUUGUGUUUAGUGGCCGGUGUCCGCAAUCUAUCCUGUCGGUUGAUGGUGAUGUUUUGUUUUUUUUUUGGGGGGGGGGGAAGCACCUUUUUCGCAGUCGUCUUUGAGUCAGCACCAGUUCAGUUUGCAGACAUCACAUUGAAUUCAGUCGGAACAUGUGAAUCAGACGAACGCUGUAUGUUUAGAGCACUUAACUUCACUUAUUAAAGGCGUUGUCAUUGCACGUGCUACUGUGUAGUAUGUACUUGAGUCCAUCACACUCUGCUCCGAAGUACGAACAAACUAGACUCUUCAUACAGGGCUGCUGUCCCUCCAACACCAUUGUCUCCUCUCAUGCCCCCCCCCCCCCCCACACACACACACACACACACACUCACACAUCCCUGCGAGUGGGACUGAAGAAAACUCUAAAGAUUUAUUGUAAUUAACAGGCUGCAGUCGGACAGGCCUCGCCUUGUACUGCCUCUCGGUAAUGAAUUGCUAAAGGCUUUGUUGGCAUGGAAUCUGUCACAGACUGCUGACUGUGUAGGUUGGUUAUUGACCCUGUCUGGGGAGCGUUGUUUUAGCCGAGCUGCAACAGUAUUAUGAAAAACACAGGAUGGGGGGGGGGCUCUCAGUAGGAGAUCAAAGGGUGACGAUGCACAUGGAAGAUUUGACCCAAAAAAGAAAAAAAAGCCCAUGACCAUAUUUCCCUUAGAGAUGGAUCUGUGGGGUCAUAUUUACUACUGUUUCAGGUUCAAGCGAUCUGUGCCACCCGCUCUAGAUCAGAGAUCACCGUUGCAUUCUUAAAUAUUUCAGAUCAGACGGGAUGAGUACAAACUUAAAAACUGCUGUCCACGAUACAUUUGGGAGCGCUGGCAGCAUCUUUAGUGGGCAAAGGAGAGGAACGUCCAUUGUGCGGAUGAUUUUUAAAAAAAAAAAAACAAAAAAAAAAAAAAACCCGGCAGCCAAUACUGUUCUGGUGGUAAUUGAGCCUUGAUUAAGCCCAGUGUUUGCUCGCAUCUUUCAUCAAUGCUUUCAUCCCACACUACCCCAACAUCUUCCGUCUCUCUCACACGCACACACAGCUCUUUGUUCUCAACUGAAUAUUUGUAUAAAAAUGGAAAAAAAAAAAAAAUAUUUGUAAAAUUGUUAUGUUUAUGCUUUAUGAAAUUUUUAUUUGAAAUUGUUUUGCAAAAUUGUUAUAUUUCUGUAUGAAUGUAUUUUUUAUUGGAAUAAGAAAUUCUUAUCUGACUUUGGCUUGCUCCCUUCUUCUCAUUUAGUUGAUUCUCCUCAUUAUUGUUAAAUCUUUUUUUGUUUUUUGUUUUUUUUGUGUUUUUUCUUUGCCAGUAGAGGUUUGCACUAGGGACAACACAUCUGACAUUUUGAAUUUGUCCCUUUUAAAAACAGUACUGUUUUUCCACUUGGCGCAGUAUAAAUACCUUGUUAAACAGUCUCUCUACGUGGCCUCACCUCUUCCUGACAUGUAAAUACCAGAAUGAAAAUAUCCUCCUCCCAUGAGCAAAUUACAUCUUUGCAGAAACUGGAAAAAACUGACUCACCUCGAUCCCAGUGGCAAACACGCAGAACUUUUUCUUUUUUUUCCUCCCCAAACACCCCCUAGAAAAGUUUCGCUGAUUUCGGCUCCAAAAGCGACGGACUGCUCACUCCUUAGAGCUAGCUAGCUCUCAUCAAAGCAGCAUAAAUAAUUUAUCUCCAUCUUUCACAGCCCAUGGCAUUUAAUUAGAGAGCAGCUUUUAUACAUUUGUUAGAUAAUUACUCCACUUGACACAGAUAAUGAUACAAAACAGCAGUGGAUAAACCAAAGAGCCGAGUUUAAGUCACAAACUAACAAGAAAAUGGGAUUUUAAAAAAACAAAAAACAACUUCCUUCUUCUUUCUCGCCGCUCCCCCUGCUUAUGUUGAUGACCUAGAAUGGGCAGGCAACUUAUUAGCUCCUCUGAUUUUCAGUAAAAGGCCUGUGGUUUAUAAAUGAAGCUUUGCCUGCAGUUGGUAAUUAAGCUCACUCUGGAGAACCUCCCUGCUUUUGGAGUGGCAAUGAGUGUUGCUUUUGCCUCAAAUGCUGCAGCUCCUUGAUCUCUCAAAACUGCUGCCCCACAUGAUUUCCCAACUUCAAAUCUACCUGUGAUGCAUAAUGCGAAGCUGAGGAGCAACACGACCGGCAAACUACCCACUUGACUUGCACGUGGGAGAAAAAAAUAAUGGAGGCUCAGAUUCUUGUUUUUCACCUCCUAAAGGAGACCGGCACAUGUUGCAUUUAAUCUCCGUGCAGCGGACUCUCAUCCUGGCUAUAGAAGUGGAGCAUCCUCUUGCGAAGUGGACCGCGGUGGAUGAAGUUUCUCGUAAAUGGGGCGCUAAGAUUGCACGAUUUGCUUUGAUGUGUCCAGACUGCAAAUCCGCCACAUGCUUUCCCACAUCGAUAUUGUAACACAGCCUGAAACCCAAAGGAUUAUGGGGAACAAUUCAUCACUUUUAGAUGUCAUACAUCUGCUCUUAAUGUCCCGUGGGAGCGCAUAAGGUCUAGGGUUUGUGUCCUGUGGCAAUUUCACAGUUUGGAACGGUCUAUUUAAUGGAUGACCAGUGGUGGAAAGUAAAUACAUUUAUUCAAGUAGCCUUAAAUACAUGGUACCAAAAAGUAAUUUCCCCUAUAAACUUUCAUGGUUUGAUUUAACUACCUGUUUGGGAACCGAAGAUGUAAAAUGAUAUGAUUUGAUUUGAGCUGUAUGUGAUUUAUCUGGUGACCCUUCCUCUGGACUAAUCUACUGAACUGUCCAUACAGCUCCACCAACAGUAAAAUACUGCAGUAUUAAUCUAAUGUCAUAUUUGAUGACCAAUAUGCAGUAGUUUUAUGGUACUUUGACUUUGGAUACUCUAAGUACAUUUUGCUAUACUUUUGCGCCUUUUCUCAAAGUAGCAAUCCAGAUUUUCAUGAACUCAAACCUCAUUUUAUGGUCGGCAUUUUUUUUUCAAUGUAUUGGCAUUCAAUAAUUCCCUGUCUGUACAGUAGUUUUGUAUUGAUAGUGGCGGACUCCGCCAUUCCCUUCAACAUGAGCGAUUCACAGGAAAUGAUGCAAUCCAGUCUCUCACUCACUUUGGGGCAGACGUGACCCCUUGGUUGUGAUCCACUGGAUUGAACUACCUAGCUGUA